CGAUGUGGCCCAAAAGCAAAUAUACCGUGCUGGGUCUAUUGGCGGCACCAGCGGCCGCCAUCACACGGAUCAGCAACGAUGAGAUGAACCAGUUCCUCAACCACGAGGUCGUCGAGCUCGCCAACCGCUAUGCGCCCCUUUGGUUCUUCAGCCAAGCCGUGAACCAGCCUCCCUGCUACCCGACCUGGGCCUUCGGAGGCUCUCCAACCUCAUCGGAUGUAUACGACGCAGCGCACAAAACCCCCGCUGCACCACAAUGCGAAUACCCCAACGUAGGAUGCAAGUGUCGCAACCCCGGCGUAGCCAGAGGGAAUCCCGGGCCUGCAUUCCCCAUCUACUACACUUUCAAGAAGUGCAACGAGACCGAAGUGAGGGUGGCAUACAACCUGUUCUAUGAGAAAGACGGGGCCGAGGUGUUGGACCUCAUCGACACCGGCCAUGACUACGACUGGGAACGAGUAAUCAUCAUCCACUCGCGAGACGCGAACAACACAUGGGCACCAUCUCGAGCUCUCCUCUCCGCCCACAGCGGAUACCACAACCUCGCCUGGGGCAGCAUCCACAGCACAUUGACCACAGCGCAAAUCAACGCCGGAAGCGCCAGACAGCCCGACGGUGUCCGCAAUAACGACCAUCCGAAGGUAUAUGUGUCGUGGUCGAAACACGCGCAUUUCGACACGCGGGAUACCGUAUGGAUCGAUCCGCUCAGUCAAUCACUGGAUAAUGCAUAUCGCAGCGAUGACUGGUGGUAUUAUGCCGAUCCGAAGGACUAUAUUCGCUCGGAUAAUUCGACCGCGGCGGGGAAGGCUUUUUGGACUGUGGAUUGGGGAUCCGCGACGAGUAAUCCGCCGUAUGUGCAGGAAAGCCAACACGACCCUAAAUUCAAUCACAAGGGAGAAAGCAAAAUGUCCUGGACCCAAAAAACACUCACUCUCCCCUCCCGCUCCCGCGGCAGCUACCUCAUAACCGACGAAAUCAUCUCCUCACUCCCAGAAAUCAAAAACUACAAAGUCGGACUCCUGCAUCUCUUCAUCCAACAUACCAGCUGCGCGCUCUCCCUCAACGAGAACUGGGAUGAUGAUGUCCGGGCCGAUAUGAGUGAUGCGUUGGAUCGCAUCGCGCCGUAUGAUAAGAAGGGGAAUUUGUAUCGGCAUUCGGCGGAGGGGGAGGAUGAUAUGCCUGCUCAUAUCAAGUCGGCGUUGAUCGGCGCGUCGGUUACCAUUCCGAUUACCAAUGGACGGUUGGCCACGGGGACGUGGCAGGGCAUUUGGUACUUGGAGUUUAGGGCCGCGAGGCAUUCGAGGAAGGUGGUUGCUACGAUUCAGGGAGAGAAGGCUUGAUUUUAGGUAUAGGGAGGUGAGACUGUUAGGUGGUGGGUGAAUGUAUAAAUGGUAUAGAUAAAUGAAUUCAUGCCGG